AUGUAUGAUCCCCUGCGUACUUCUCGCGGCGGUUUACCAGACGACAAUCCCAACGAGUAUACUUCUCUGCUACCCAGGUCGACUGACACCGAUGACUUCCGGGAUUUCCCAUCUCAAGAACCUCAAUACGAUGGCAAGCAAGAGAACAGGAGGGCCGCUCUCUCUGAGUUUUGGUGGCUGCUUAAAAACUCCGUCCCCGUUAUAUUGGCCUACACUCUCCAGAACAGUCUUCAGACGGUCUCUGUUUUAAUUGUCGGACGAAUCUCCCCUGAGCGCCUGGCAACCAGUGCCUUCUCGCUUAUGUUCGCCAUGAUCACGGCGUGGAUGAUUGCGUUAGGAGGCACAACCGCGGUCGACACCCUAGCAUCCUCAUCAUUCACGGGCAGUGCGAGUAAGCACGACCUCGGAAUCUUAUUGCAGCGCGGGUUUUUCGUGCUCAGCUUGUUCUACCUACCGGUUGCCGUUCUCUGGGCGUGUGCAGAACCGGUAUUUCUGGCCCUGGGACAGGACCCUCAUCUCUCCAGGGACAGUGCCCGUUUCCUGACUUGCCUUAUUCCUGGUGGGCUGGGGUACAUCUAUUUUGAGCUCAUGAAGAAGUAUCUGCAGGCCCAAGGCAUCAUGCGCCCUGGGACGUACGUCCUUCUAAUUACCUCUCCGCUCAAUGCGCUCCUCAACUACCUUUUCAGUUACACCUUUCACAUGGACCUAUUGGGUGCCCCAAUAGCUCUCGGAAUCUCGUACUGGCUCUCAUUCGCCCUGUUGGUUCUGUAUGCCCGCUUUAUUGCCGGUUCUGAAUGCUGGGGCGGAUGGACACGAGAGGCCCUGCAGAACUUACGCACCUUUGCCCGCCUGGCAUUCCUCGGCAUUGUCCACGUCGGCACCGAAUGGUGGGCCUUUGAAAUCGUAGCCCUUGCUGCAGGCCGCCUAGGGACCAUCCCACUCGCCGCCCAGAGCGUCAUUAUGACCGCCGAUCAAGUCCUGAACACGAUCCCCUUUGGAGUAGGCGUCGCCACGUCCGCGAGGGUGGGCAACUUGCUCGGAUCAAGGAAUGCAGUGGGUGCUGCGAGGGCAGCCAAUGUCGCUGCCUGGCUCAGCAUGGUGCUUGGCGGGGUGGUCCUGGCCGUGCUGAUGGGGACGCGGCAUGAUUUCGCCAAAAUCUUCAACUCUGAUGAGCGCGUUGUGCGCCUCACGGCUGAGGUGUUGCCAUAUGUGGCUCUGUUCCAGAUCGCCGAUGGCCUGAACGGGAGCUGUGGCGGGAGUCUAAGAGGGAUGGGCCGGCAGCAUAUUGGUGCAUUGGUGAAUCUUGUCAGCUACUACUGCGGUGCGUUGCCUCUAGGCAUCUGGCUUGCGUUCCACGGUUGGGGACUGAAGGGAUUGUGGGUGGGACAGUGUAUCGCGCUGUACUUGGUGGGGGCCUUGGAGUGGGUGGUUGUGGCUCUUAGCAGCUGGAAUAAGGAGGUCGAUAAGGCUUUCCUGCGCAUGGAAGCCGGAAACAAUCUGAAUGGCUAG